GGAGCGGCUGAGGACUUGUGUUUGUCUCGGUUACUUGCGAGGACGGUACAACAAGCUGCGAGACAAGAUGUCAAGUGGAGCAACUGGUGAGAACACCAUGGCAGAAGACAAGCACUUUGUGGAUAAACACAGAAAAACACUGAUCCAGAGAGUGUGCACCAUUAAAACCAUUCUGGAUGAGCUCCUGGACCAAAGAGUCCUCCAACAAGAGACUUAUACAGAAAUCAUGGUGAAACCAACCACUCAGGACAAAGUGAGGGCGCUCUACGAUGGUCCCCUGAAAUCUGCUACGGCCUGCAAAGACAUCUUCUACAAAGUCCUUGAGGACAAUGAGCCGUAUCUCAUGAAGGAGCUCAAAGGGAACUGAAUGUUGUCUUGAAAUACAACCAAUCUACCUGACCAAAAAGAGUUUUAUAUACAUAUAUGUGGAUGGAAUGGAGGAAACUUUAAUGGUGGUGCUAUUUCUCUGUGCGGGUUUUCUAAAAAGUAGCUAUUUGACACUAUGUUUUACAUUAAUUUUACUCUUAAAUUAGUUGAAAUGUGUAUGGAGAAUGGUGCCUUUCCAGUCUGCUCUUAAACCAGAUUUAGCAAAUUUUUAUCAGACAAUCAUAGUGAGGUUCUUACCAGACAUGUAAUGAAUAUCCAACAAAUUAUACAUGUAAUAGAGAAAUGAGAGCCUGUUUUUAAGCUAAUUAUUUUUAUAUAAAUUAAAACGUGCAUGAAUAUGAUUAUCCAAAGCAGAUAAAGCAGCUUCAACAUUGAAUUUAAGCCAAAUAUGCAAAAAGAUUGUUUUAUCAGGUUUUAUCACUUGUAUGCUGCAUAAUGAGAAUAAGUUUACUUUUAUAAUGCCUAAUGAGAAUAAAUUUACUUUUAUACAGGUGCUGACAUU